AUGACUGCUUUCGAAGAAAUGGGUGUUUUGCCAGAAAUAGCAAAAGCUAUUGAUGAGAUGGAUUGGACACUACCGACAGAUGUUCAAGCCGAAGCUAUCCCAUUGAUUCUGGGUGGUGGCGAUGUACUCAUGGCUGCAGAAACUGGUAGUGGAAAAACUGGUGCUUUCUGUUUGCCUAUUUUGCAAAUAGUUUGGGAGACUCUUAAAGAUUUGGAGUCUGGAAAAGGAGCUGGAACUGCUGUAGUUCAACAACCGACACAUUGGGGACUGAGUCUCUUUGAUAGAGGACAUGCCAUGGCAGUAACGCUGGAUGGUUUAAGAUGUCAGAGUAGAGAACAAAAAGAAUGGCAUGGUUGUCGUGCAAAUAAAGGGGUAUCGGGAAGCGGCAAGUAUUUUUUCGAAGCAACGGUCACCGACGAGGGUUUAUGCCGAGUUGGCUGGUCUACGUCUCAGGCUGCUUUAGAUUUAGGAACAGAUAAAUUCGGUUAUGGAUUUGGUGGUACGGGAAAGAAAUCGAAUGCGAAGCAAUUCGAUAACUAUGGAGAGGCUUUUGGGAUGCAUGACGUGAUCGGAUGUUUCCUCGAUUUGGUGAAGGGCGAAAUAAAAUUUACCAAGAACGGCGUAGAUUUGGGUGUCGCAUUUACAUUAAAUGCACAGCAAAAAUCACAGACUUACUAUCCCGCUGUCGUGUUGAAAAACGCUGAGAUGGCCUUCAAUUUUGGAGCGCACGCGUUUAAGCAUCCACCCCCAAAUGACUAUGUAGCUGUAUCGUCGGCUCCAAAAGAAUCUGUCAAGUACAAUCCUGUUAACAGCACGCAGAGCUCUAACGAAAGCGAUAAACCGAGAAAUAACGCACCUCAGGCGAUCAUCAUAGAACCUUCUCGCGAAUUAGCUGAACAAACUUACAAUCAAAUUCAGAAGUUCAAGACACAUUUAAAGGAUCCGAUGAUCAGAGAACUGCUUGUUAUUGGUGGAGUAAACGUAAAAGAGCAGAUUGCUACUUUGAAUUCUGGCGUGGACAUAGUAGUCGCGACUCCCGGACGAUUGGAGGAUCUCAUACAAGGCGGUUAUUUGUUGUUAACACAUUGCAGGUUUUUUGUGCUGGACGAAGCUGACGGUCUACUAAACCAAGGUUACACCGAACUUAUCGAUCGUCUGCACAGACAAAUCCCGAAAAUUACAUCUGACGGCAAGAGAUUGCAAAUGAUCGUGUGCUCGGCGACAUUACACUCAUUCGACGUUAAAAAGAUGGCCGAACGUUUGAUGCAUUUCCCAACUUGGGUAGAUCUAAAGGGCGAAGAUGCAGUACCCGAGACCGUACAUCAUAUCGUGGUGAUGGUAGACCCGCAGAAGGACAAAUCGUGGCGUGACUUGAGGCACGGCAUAGAAACUGACGGCGUGCACAAGAGAGACGAGAUGAAUAGAACAAAUGAUAUUGCCUGCUCGUUGUCAGAGGCUGUGAAGAUACUAAAGGGAGAGUACUGCAUUCGCGCUAUUAAAGAACAUAACAUGGAUCGGGCAUUGAUAUUCUGCAGAACAAAACUCGAUUGCGAUAAUCUCGAGAGGUAUCUGCAGAAAUCCGAUCGACAGAAGUUCUCGUGCGUAUGUCUGCACGGAGACAGGAAGCCCGCAGAGCGUAAGGCUAAUUUGGAAAAGUUUAAACGUCAAGAGGUGAAAUUUUUGAUCUGCACCGAUGUAGCUGCUAGAGGAUUGGAUAUCACCGGUCUGCCUUUUAUGAUAAAUGUGACUUUGCCCGAUGAGAAGUCCAAUUAUGUGCAUCGCAUUGGAAGAGUUGGUAGAGCUGAAAGAAUGGGUCUGGCUAUUUCUUUAGUCAGUAGUGUCCCAGAAAAAGUGUGGUAUCACGGCUCCUGGUGCCCUUCUCGCGGAAGAAAUUGCAACAAUACCAACUUGACUGAUCAAGGUGGCUGUUGCGUAUGGUACAAUGAACCUCGGUACUUGGCAGAAAUUGAAGAUCAUUUGAAUGUGACGAUUCAACAAGUCAGUCCGGACAUAAAAGUGCCAAUGAACGAGUUUGAUGGAAAAGUUACGUAUGGCGAAAAAAGAAUGGCAAUGGGUUCUAAUUACGAAAAUCAUGUCCAACAAAUGGCUCCUGUUGUGGCCGAGUUAGCCGCGCUGGAAUCUCGAGCGCAAAUUACGUUUUUAAAGACGCACAUAGCGGAGCGUUAAAGAAAUACUCAAUUGAAGAUAUUAACUGAAAUUCUAAUCGAGUCUCGCAGAGUUCUAGUAAUAUAGAAUUCUAUUCCAAUCAUAAAUGUUAAAGAAAAUUAAUUAACGUUAUUAUAAUUAAUUUAUGUUAUGAUAUUUAUCUUAUAAUAUUUUAAUAUGAUCUAUCUAAAAAUCUGUUUUAUCUAUCAUUGCUAUUAUUUUUUUUCCUUUCUGUAUUUAUGAACAUUUCUAAAGCUUCUUUUGCAUUUGUAACAAAUCAUGGCAUAUUGCAUAAUAAACAUAUAAGCGUAGUAGAAAAAAAUAUAACUGUUUCUUUCUUGUGUGUGAUACAUUAAAAUGAUAUGCGAUAAAAAAUAUAUAUACCUUGUGAAAAUUGCACCUGAACGCUAAUUGCCACAGAGGCAUCUGCCAUUUACGGCAUAUCAAGACAUACGGUAAGUAUUUAUUGUAUCGUUAUAUCCUCAAUAAUUAUAUCAUCAUUUUACACAUCGUUUUAGUUACACAAACGUAUGAUACAAUGGCUCUCCCUUUUUACUCUUGUAAUUUUUCUCCCAUAUAUAUAUAUAUAUAUAUGUAUAUAUAUAUAUAUAUAUACACACACACACACACAGAGCAGUUCUUUUCCGCUGACUUGUCUUCUUUUAUUUCGACGAAUUCGGAAGUGCGCGAACGCGAGUGACAGUAUGCGGAGCGCGAGUGAGUCGGGCGUGACAUUUUAUGUUACGUUUUGCACACUCACUUGUGUUCGCGCACUUCUAAAUUCGCGGAAAUAAAAGGAGACAAGCUAGCGGAAAAGAACUGCUGUAUGUGUGUAUGCGUGCUUAUAUUGUUUGUGCAUACGCGUUUUUCUUUUCGGUAUUUAUAUAAUAUAUAUAUAAUAUUACGUACGCUUAGAAUUUACUAAAUGACUUCUGUUUAAUUACACAUAAUAAUUUAUACACAUAACUCUUAUAUAUUCUCGAAAGCAAUGGUAAACGACUAAAGUUAUACAGUAUACAAAUCAUACUGUUCUCUUCUCGCCGCAACUCGGAUACAGCGUGUUUUCGGUUUUCUUU